ACUGCCCAUAACUGCGAUCAUUUUGUUGCCUUUUCCCUCCUCGGAGUCUAUUGUCUGCGGUGCAGACGUGACAGGCUGCGAGCGAGUGCCAUGUGCUGGCGAGACGUGACAGCCGAAUUGCACUCGUUUGUUCUGCGCUUAUUUACAGCCGAACUGAUCAGCGGAGCGAGGCGAGAAUAACGCCGAAUGUUCCACCCGUCCACCUUCGACUUGAACUCGUCGUCCACGCGCGGGUUUAGCCACUCUUUGUUGGGAAGUUUGGAAGCGGUGCGGGAGUGGGCCACUUUUCCGUUGAAGUUUGGUCGAAAAGUUGUUCCAAUUUUUCUCCGUUAACAAUGAGUUCGAAAAAUCGCUUGAAUAGAUGUAAAACACUCAGCGCUUGCGGCUUUUCUUUGUUAAGAAGUGUCACGGAGCCACUGGAAGUCGUGUUGGGGGGGGGGGGGGGGGUCUGACCUCAUUGUUGAAGUUUGUUCACCGCGUGUUCUCCACGCACACACAAAAGAACACAAGUUUUAAGUUGCCUAACGUACACGGGCCAAGUGUCAAAUUGUGUUUGAACGUGUUUUCUGGCUACUAUGGGAUUAGGCUUUUGCCUUGGAGAAGCGCGGGAGAAAGGGGUUUGUUAGUUUUGCUGCAAAGCGUACAAAGAAAGGCGAGCAGCCCCAGAUUCUUUUGUUUAGUCUGGAGACGCUGAUUUGCAACAGGUCUUCCCCCCUCCCUCUCUCUCUCUCCCUCUCUCUCUCUCUCUCUUCCUCCUCCUCCUCCUCCACCACGCGCACCACCAACAUCUCCCCGGCCCACGUAAUUACCUCAUCCUGUUGGCUGCUCCACACUUUUCCCACUCGAGUUCGGGCCCCACGGCGGUCUGCGUGGUGAAGCUUUAUGGAGGUUAGCUGUGUGUCGGGUGGACCCCUUCACCUCGCUCUCGUUCCCGUAAAACGUUGACUUCCGCAUUAAGGUUUGUCGAUGCUGUCCGGAAGCGAAACGGAUGACGACGACGGCGUGGAUGCGCCGCUGGACUUGUCAUCCAGCGGCGGCGGCGGCGGGAAAAGGAAGCGCCGCGGCAACCUGCCCAAGGAGUCGGUGCAGAUCCUCCGGGACUGGUUGUACGAGCACCGCUACAACGCGUACCCCUCGGAGCAGGAGAAGGCUCUUCUCUCCAAGCAGACGCAGCUUUCCACACUGCAGGUAUGCAACUGGUUCAUCAACGCACGCCGGCGCCUCCUCCCCGAGAUGUUGCGGAAAGACGGCAAGGACCCCAACCAGUUCACCAUCUCCAGGAAGUGCGGCAAGGCGGGCGACAGUUUCUCUGACAGCUCCCAGUCGCCCAAACACAGUGGUGGUGGCGGCGGCGGCGGCGGCAGCGUCAGCAGCGGCAGCUGCAGCCCGGCCGGAGGACCCCACGAUGACGGCGGCUACGACAAACGGGUUCUGCACCCUUCCUGCUUCGAGCCCGGCAUCCUGAGGAAGGUGGUGUCGCCCUCGGCGCCCUCGCCCACCUGUUGGUCGCCCUCGACGGGCGCCGCGCCCACCCGUCCGUCCGUCAUCUGUCACACCACUGUCGCCAGCCCCAGCGGGCCGCACCCGUCGCCGCUGAACUCUGACAAGGCGGCCGAGCGGCUGCAGGCGGCCCAGGCGCUCCUCAGGUGUCUGGAUAGAGGGGCGGGCGCCCGCCUCCCCGCCGCCAGCACCAUCCUGGAGGGAAACCUGAGCCCCCGCAGCGGGCUCUUCAACACUCCUCCCCCGACCCCGCCAGACCUCACGCAGGACUUCAGUGGCUUCCAGCUCCUGGUGGAUGUGGCCCUGAAGCGGGCCGCCGAGAUGGAGCUGCAGGCCAAACAGUUAGUCUCCUAAAAGGGGGACCCCCAAGUUCACAGACUGAGAGCAUCCGCCCGCCCGCCCGCUCAUGGUUUCUAUCUUUUCUAAACCAAUCAAAAUUGUUUUGUUUUGAAUGACAAAAACAACAACAACACAGUAUCACGGUGCCUUGGCUCAAAGAUGUUUAUCCAUUUCAUAUUUGUAUCCACUUGUAUCUUAUUUGCACCCCGGGGACCAAAAUUACAGGACCAAUGCUACCCGUCUUACGUCUUUUCAUCCAAACGCAUUUCAGGUCCUGACGGAUCUCAGUGUCUUAACACUUUGGUUGGUUUUGUUUUGCUCUCGGCAUCAACGUAUUCACUACUGUAGUUCAUGUUACACUAUAGCUGUUUUACUCCCUUAUUGCCCGCACAAGGGACAUACGUAUUCCAGAUGAAAAAUGUAGCAGGUGAGGCCAGUGGACUGGACGACGACACUACACGGUGUUUUUGUUGUUGUUUUUUACGAUGGCCAAAAACAAGCAUUAUCAUGUACAAUAGGACCACGUGUAUAGUUAAUGUGACGACAUGACGCCCCUCUGAUGUGAUUUCUUUCCAUUCUGUGCAAUGUUUGUGGCGAGCAAGAGGUCACACGGGACUUCAAUAAAGUUUUGGUUUUUUUUCUACAUUUCAUGGCCUUGUUGUGGCGUGUCAGCUAAUGAGCAUAAUCCUGCAUCAAUUAACAACGAUCGUGUGUAUUAAGUCACGCCCCGGCACGGUCGUGCGAGGGAGGCCACUUCCAGUCUGGCCCCGACAGCUGUUGCACGGGCAAAGCCUCUCAAUAGGAUUUGUCGUCUGUUUGCCUCUUCCAUUCAUCAGCUCGUAUUUAUGCUUGUAUGACAAUUGAGAAUGUCAGAAAGUCAUUGAAAGAGACCAUCCUGCACCCGAAUCAUGUCAAAGCGUAAUUGCAGGUCCAGCCACGCAGCGAGCGGCCUUUUCCCCUCGUCGUGUUUUGGACUGCGGCGCCAUGAAAAACAUAGGCGGAGAGCGCAGACAAAUGGCCACAGGGUUCACUUUAAUGCUCGCACACGCGUGCCGCCGUCACAUCCGUUAAACACGUAGCAACGUUAAUUACAAAAAAGGUCUGCCUCAUUAAGUUAUCGGAUUCCAUUUGCACAACAUUCAUUUAAGUACAAUUGAAGGACGUCACACACUCCCUGCUACAUCAGGAGUUGAUGUGUUCUUAUCAAGAUGAUCAACAGAGUGUCAUCGUGGGAACGGAACGCACACACAAUUCAAUCCAUACAAAUAUAAAAACAUAAAAAUGAGCAAUGGCAUCUAAAACACGCACUCCCUUUCCGAACGUCAGCGAGCCAAAAGCCCCGAGUUCAAUGGCACAAAACAUGAGCAGGUGAGUUGCAACAAGCCGACUAGUCACGUCUCCUAUGUGAUGGCAUAUUCCACUUGAUUGACAGCAGAGACAACGUAUGCAGUCACACGGGCGCACACGCACAGGCACCUUCCCCUGAGACGCCCUUUGUGCUCGACUGUCCAAAUUAAGGCGCAAAGGGAAAAGCCAAAGGACGAAAACACAGUAAAAGGGCCUUGAAGUCAGUGCGCCGGUAAACAGUCCCCUAACUCAAUAAAUCAUU